AUGGUUGUUGCUAUUGUAAUUCUGCUUCAAUUCUUCAUUUCAAUGGAGACCGUAAUGGCUUCACCAUCAUUCUUUGACAGAGUUAUACAACUUCCAAGUCAACCUCCUGUAAACUUUCAGCAAUAUUCAGGUUAUGUCACUUUAGAUGAUAAGAAACAAAGGGCAUUGUUUUAUUACUUAGUUGAAGCAGAAUUCAAUCCAGCUUCUGAACCUUUAGUUGUCUGGUUAAAUGGAGGUCCUGGUUGUUCUUCUCUUGGAGUUGGAGCAUUCUCUGAGAAUGGACCUUUUAGGCCUAAUGGAAAUGUGCUUGUGAGAAAUGAGUAUAGUUGGAACAAAGAAGCAAACAUGUUAUACUUGGAAACACCAGUUGGAGUUGGGUUUUCUUAUACUGCUGAGACUACUUCAGAGGAUGAUGAUACUGCCACCAUUAGUGAUAAGAUUACAGCUAGAGACAAUCUUGUGUUUCUGCAACGCCGGUUUCUCAAUUUUCCACAGUACAAGCAUAGAGAUUUGUUCAUUACAGGAGAAAGUUACGCAGGCCAUUACAUUCCGCAACUAGCCGAGCUCAUGAUUCAGUUCAACAAGAAGGACAAGUUGUUCAAUCUCAAAGGAAUUGCAUUGGGAAACCCAGUUUUAGAAUUUGCUACGGAUUUCAAUUCAAGAGCGGAGUUCAUUUGGUCUCAUGGGUUGAUAUCUGAUUCUACAUACAAACUUUUCACUUCAGCUUGUAACUACUCGAGAUAUGUGAGUGAGUACUACAGAGGCCAUGUUUCACCUGUUUGUUCAAGGGUUAUGAGUCAAGUAACAAAAGAAACAAGUAGAUUCGUCAACGGAUACGAUGUUACACUGGAUGUUUGUAUACCAUCAGUGCUCUCACAAUCCAAAAUCAUUAACCCCCAAGUGAUUGGUAGUAAGAUAGAUGUAUGUGUCGAUGAUGAGACGGUGAACUAUUUGAACAGAAAAGAUGUUCAGUUUGCAUUCCAUGCUCGUCUUGCAGGAGUUGAUAAAUGGACUGCUUGCAACAGCUCACUGGAUUAUGAGUUACUUGAUUUAGAGAUACCUGUAAUCUCCAUUGUGGGUUCCAUUGUCAAGGCCGGAAUACCUGUUCUGGUUUACAGAGAUUGGAAGAAUCGGUGGGGUGAGGGGGUGGGGGGUGAAGCUAUCCUGCUCAGAUCUUCUAUUUUGAAGCAACUCUUAGCAGAAAAGGCUCCAAGGGGGUAG